AUGUCACUCAUCACACCUAACGAUUUCCGGGCGGAAGAUUUCGGUGAUCUGUUGAAAGCCUAUUUUCGUAACGAAGGGAAAGACAGGUUCAAGUUUGAGAGACCGAUAAGCGAGGGCGCUCAGGGGUAUACGUGGAGACUUCGGUAUAGACUAACAGCUUCGUCAUCGUGGAAGAAAAUUGUGUUGAAGCACGAGCGCGCCCCAGUGCGGUAUGACAAAGAUUUUGUUGAAACGGAUGAGGAUGUUGCGCGGGACGCGGAGACCAUGGACCGGAUUCGUCGUGGCGGACGAGAGACGGAGCUUGAGACAGAAAAGCGUCUAUUGACGUCGCUGCAAUGGGCAAAGCAUAUUUGCCAAAUUUUCGCCGUCCCUUAUGACCCUUUAGCAAGCUUGUUGCCACUUCGGCCACAUCGCAUGGACGACUGGUUAUAUCUCGAAUGGAUAGAAAAUGGCACCGUCAGAGACUUCAUCGGACGAGUAAUAGAUGCCGGUCUCGCUACCUUGCCAAACCGAGUGCUAUGGAGAUUCUUUCUCUGCUUACUCCGGAUGACGAUCGCAAUGGCGUGGCCACCCGCUCAACCUGCGUAUAUGAGGCAACGCUUAGAGCAUGUGGGCGAUAGACCCCCGGGUAAUAUGACGCACAAUGAUAUGCAUACCCUCAACAUCAUGGUUGGCGCCGAGGACCCAUCAUCUGGGGAGUAUGAACACGAUAUCAUCCCUCAACUAAAGCUCAUUGAUUUUGGUUAUGCGACUGAGGAGCCCCCGCGUUCUGAUCAUGAUCCCGUAAAAGACAACAUCUUUCAGGUGGGAGGUGUAAUGGCGGAGCUCAUCACGUUGCAGUCGCAAGAGGUAAUAGACCUGCCCACGGAGGAAGCUGUAUCUUUCACACUACAGGGUGGAGGGGAAACUUUUCGCACUAUGGCCAUGUCGAUUCUACCUGAUGAUCAAGGUCAGGAUCCGGUGCCAUGCCUCGACAGUAGUCUUAGGACGGCGAUCGCCAGCUGCUUAGCCGUACAACAUGAACUUAGACCUACGGUCAAUACUUUGACUCACAUAGCCAAAGAAGCAAUUAAGCUGAGAGACGCUGAGUGGUACGCAAGGCCUGAGAGCGGACACCCCAACCCGGCCAUGGAGCGAGAUGCGUAUAUUGACAACAUUUUCCAAGUUUCUCUUCGAAAUGCGCCCGUAUCCACUACCUAA